UUAAACAAAGAUAAACUUUUAUUACCAAUUCACUCUCAUAAUGACUACUUGAGAGAAAUCCCAUUAUUCGACUCUUUAUCAAAGGGUAUUAAGUCAAUCGAAGCAGACGUUUGGUUAUUAGAUGAUGUUAAUAAUUAUAACGAAUUUAGUGAAUUAUAUAUAGGUCAUGAUAAUGUUUUCUUGACUAAAAAACAAACUUUAACUGAGUUGUACUUGAAACCUUUAGAGAAAUUAUUAGAUGAAAUCAAUUGUCAAGAUAAUGAAUUAGGCGAAACCUGUAAAGAUAUGAAUGGUGUUUUCUAUAAUUCUCCGGAAGAAUCUUUGUAUUUAUUUAUUGAUAUUAAAACUGACGCAGAUCAUACCUAUACUCUAUUAAUGAAAAAAUUAAAAGAUUUGAUCUUUUCUGAUUAUGUGUCGUAUUAUGAUUUUAAAGAAGAUAAAAUUGUUCUUGGUCCAAUAUCAAUCAUUUUAACUGGUAACAUUCCAAUUGAUUUAUUAAUUUCCGAAGAAAAUAAAAGCUUUUAUCAAGAUGGUAGAAGGUAUGUGUUUAUUGAUGCCCCAUUAGAGUUAUUGCCAAAAAGUAAGAGUGAAGACUCUCCUUAUGAUUACUCAAAGUUCUCAUUGACAGCUUCAGCAUCAUUAUAUUCAAUCACAGGAACAGAGGAAGCAUUAGAUGUAUUUAAUGGGUUAUCUUCAGAUCAAUUGGAUUCAAUAAAUUGUAAAAUUGAAGCUGCUCAUUCUCUUGACUUGAAAACAAGAAUUUGGGGAACACCAGAAUUCCCAAAACAAAUCAGAAAAAGAGUCUGGCAACAAUUGAUUGAAAGAAAAAUUGACUUAUUAAAUGUUGAUGAUUUAGAAUCAGCAUAUCAAUUUUAA